AUGGCCCAAAGCCGCCUCACCCAAAUAAACAACCACCUCAACUACCCCCAAGGCCUACUGGCGGGCCAAGUAGCCAUCAUCACAGGAUCAGGCCAGGGCAUCGGGGCAGAGACGGCGAAACUAUUCGCGAAUGAGGGGGCGAAGGUUAUUGUUUCUGAUAUUGACGGGGAAAAAGCAAAUGCAGUAACCGAUUCCAUCAACGCCAUCUCCCCCAACCGCGCCAUCGCCGUGGUCGGUGACCUGCUCGACGACGGCUACAUCGAGAAUUUAGUGAAGCAAGCCGCCGAGUUCGGUGGAGGCAAGAUCCAUAUUAUUGUUAACAAUGCGGGGUUUACCUGGGAUGGGGUUAUUCAUAAGAUGACAGACAAACAAUGGACAACAAUGCUAGCAAUGCACAACACAGCCCCCUUCAAACUCGUUCGUGCGGCAGCCCCAUACUUCCGGCUCAGGGACGGCGAGGCGCGUAUUAUUAUUAAUAUUAGUAGUACGUCUGGUGUUCAUGGGAAUGCCGGCCAAAUAAACUACUCCGUCGCCAAAGCAGGCGUAGUAGGCCUCACCAAAACCAUCGCCAAAGAAUGGGGUCCUCAGUUCGGUGUCCGCGCGAACACGGUCGCAUUCGGGUUCAUCACGACGCGGCUCACGGCGCCCAAGGAGGGCGGUGCGUCGAUUACUAUGCCUGAUGGGACGAGGGUGGCGUUGGGGAUUCCGGGGAAACAACUCCAAAGUCGAUCGGGUCAGACUCAGCAUAACCAGAGCGGCAAGGAGAAUGGGGAGGGGAGGAAGAAGAGUGAGGCGUAUGCAGACAUCCCGCUAAGAAGACCCGGAAGCCCUGCGGAGGCGGCCAGAGCUGUUUUGGCGGUUGCCAGUCCGCUGUUUUCGUAUGUUAGUGGGGAGACGAUUAGGGUUACUGGGGGGAGGAAUAUGUAG